UUGAAUGGGAAUUACGCUUCAUUUUCAAACCAAACACUUCCCUGUAGUCUUCAUUUUUGGAAAGGUAAUUGGGUAGUGUUUUAGUCAGCGAGAGGGAGAAAAAAUCACGCAAGCUUAAUUAAGCAUUGAUUUUAAAUCUAUGCUCCUUUUCGCUUAUCAUUUCAUUUCACUAAAUGAACGAAAGAAUUCCAUUGACCACUUCUCACUUAAGUCCACAGUCCUCUUUCCCCAGUCCACAGUAUAAAUUUUCCGGAAUAUCGUCGUGAUCAUCUGAUCUACGAGAAAACAAUAGUCACACCACACGUACAAGUACGCGUUCAACGUGAGCAUUCGCUUCUCUGUGAUCUUUUUCUUAUGACGUUCUUGUGGUUGAGGAUUUGUUUUUGAAAAAAAGAAAUGCAGUUUGUUCGUUGACGACAGCUCAAAGUAUGGAACCGUUUGACCUGGAUUUGCUAAAGGAAGGAAGCUGGAGCAAUGUUUUGUUCAGUUUGAGGCGUUACUCAGCUGAAGGAUACAAAUUCGCCCGAACGCGAACUCCUCAGGAGAUUAAAUCAGAUGUUCUGAGCUCCAGGCGAGUUAAACAUGUUAUCGAAAAGGGUGAUAUUAGUAAAAUCAUUAUCAGAAACCACGUGACAAAGGUAAAAACAAAUCAUUUACUAGGUGUCCUUUCCAUGGUUGUGGAUGCAUACACAAAUGCUCGUGUGCCAGAUGUUAUCAUUUGUCCAAUCAGCAUAAGUUAUGACAGAAUUCUGGAAGAAUCACUUUAUGCUUAUGAGCUGCUAGGAAUACCAAAACCUAAAGAAUCUCUUAGAGGGUUGAUCAGAAGCAGAUCUGUCCUGACAGAGGACUAUGGAAGUAUACAUAUUCACAUUGGAGAGCUUAUACCUCUGAGUAGAUUCACAGACGGAAAGCUUAACAGGGUGGAUAAUGCAGCUAUACCAAGACAUUUGUUUCAUUAUUUGUCCAAUGAUGAGAAGAAAACCGUGAAGUCACUGGGAUACAAAGUCUUGCAUGAUCUACAAAAAGGAAUGAUUCAUUCCCCUAGUGUUCUUGUGGCUUCAAUCAUGCUACAAAAUUUACAAGGACUCCAUUUUGAUGAGCUGUUAGAAAAAUUUACCUGGCUGAAAGAGUUGUGUCUCUUGUGGCAUAUUCCUAUAAAGUCUGCAGGUAACACGGACAGUGUAGUUUUGGUCAACGAGAGUAUCGAGUUAUUAAAAUCGUCUGUGGAGAAAACCAAGGAUGGAUUUGUGAGAAUCAGAGACAUUACCACAAAUGCAAUUGAGGGGCCAAGUUCUUCAGGGCAAGCGGCAAAGAAGGGUGAACAUCUCGCAAAUUCCGUGAGAAACGUCAAAGAUGAGGCAGCCAUACACAUGCUGCUAGCAUGUAAAAGGAAUGUUAUUUUGUGUGAUUUCUUUAGAACUGGCAUGUUUUCCCUCUCUGCGCAUAAACAGCCUUCUUCAGAAAAGCAGUUAGUUCAAUUGUUUGCUGAUUUUGAAUUUUUGAUGAAACUUUUGGUGCAAGAAGUUCCUCCAGUUACUGAACAAAUCAAUGAGAACUUUGAGUACUUUCGGGAGACCGUUCAGUUAUUAGAGCACCAUGGCUCGAUAAAUAUUCGAAAUGGGAAAGUAAAGAUUCUUCAGGAGAAGGACAUCACUUUCAGUGCGGACAUAUGGAGACCUAUUUUGACAGCAUACGGGAUUACAUGUCAGUUUUUUGCCAACUUCCCUGAUGGUAUUCACGAACAACCACUGUCAGAGAUUGUAAAACAAAUUCAGGACAAGGCAGCUGAGCUUGUACUCACUGGUGAUGUGAAGUUCUACGAGGUCCUCUCGCUUGACUUGUUAAGGAAUUCUGUUAUGGCGCUGGCCGAUUUGCGAGUAUUGAAUUCGUCUAAAAGUGUUGAUGGUGCUGUAGUUAUCUCAGUUCCUAGCAGUUCAAAGGUCACGGAAACCUUGCACAAAAUAGGUGAAUAUCUUGACCUGCCAUGUUCUGCUUCGAAUUUGACAUUGCCUCAACUGUCAAAGCUGUGAGCGAAAAUGCUUAACAGUCAGUAAUAAUGACAGAGAUUUGCAACAAGAGCGUAAGAUGGAAACAAGAAGAUAUUUUGGAAUCGACUCUUCAACAAAAUGGUUCCAAGUUCUCGUUUAGAUACUAGUGUGCCAUCUGUGAUCGAGGAAAAAGGGGGCAAUAAUCCUUUCUAAUUGCCGUUUCAUUCAACUGACGUAAAAGGAAAAAAAAUUUGCAGUGAGCUUAAAAGAGCAAUUAAUACCAAGGUGUAGCUUAGGAGGUGGUUGUAUUUACCACUCCAUCCUUUGUGAAGAACCUAUUUUAUCAUUCCAUAUGGUUAAAACAAAAUGAAGUAGAUGGGAGUUGUAACUGACCACAGUCGGCGAAACAAUCAGUUAUGUGAAGUGUUUUAUCUAUCUCAUGCACCGGGGGGGUGAAUCACUUGAUAGGAUGUUCUUCAGUUUUUCGUAUACGUUACGAACUGUGAGAAGUGCGUUGUUAGGAACGUCUGAGGUGACAAUCAGUUUUACGACCAUGAAAAAAUUCCUCCUCACAAUAUCAAUGAAAUGUCCAGCAGAUGAGAAUAAAGAAAAAUAUCAAUCAAGGGAUAGCUGAUCCAAUACCGAAUUCUCCAUUCUAACAAUAUGAGAACUGUAUCGGAGGCAGUAAGGAGAAUUGCUGAUGAGAUCUUGGGAGUAAAAGGGUUAAGCAAACUUCUAGAAUCAGUUAUGCGAUUAUUACUUUUCUCUGUUAUUUGAACGGCCAAUGUCAACAUAUGUUGACAACUUGACUGUGUGGAACUUAAUAUCAUUGGACUGAUUAAAAAUUAAACGAUGAAAAGGUAACUUAAUAAACAAAGAACUG